AUGCUACAAGUCAUGGGGCAACCCCAGGAACCAGUGGUCAAAGUAAUCAAGCCCAAAUUUCACAAUCACAACCUAAUAGACUUUGCUCCGGAGCAUCUUCAUCAGAAACUGUCGGGUCGGAACCUUCUAACUUGCCUUCUAAUGAGAGCCAGGUUUUCAGUAACGGACAGCAGUAGUGAGUCGUACUCUGUCCAGAAAACGCAAUCAAAAGACUCAAGCUCAAGAAGAACAUUGCUUCAACGCUUGAACAUUCAAGCUAGCGUUCAAAUUAAAAAAAACCUGGUGGAUAUCGUUACGACAAGGAUAUUGGACUAUUACAUUUUGCCAUUUGCAGAACUAUUGAGAGAAAAUUAUCCUCGUUUCACAAAUCAGUACCCGAAGGAGAAACUGCCACCAGUCGUUUCCAUUGCGGAAGACGGAACAGCCAUCGUCGGACAGAGAGAAUACGAUAAAAGGACAAACAGAGUCAUUGGAUUUAGUCUUCCGCUGCGAUGCAAUGGAUUUCCCGAUUCGCUAGCUUCUUCUGUCAGGACCGCCGAGGAUAUUGUUAAUUUAUUCGAAAAAUAUGAACGUGCAGCUGUGGUUAUCACUGUUAUGGCGCAAACCAUGGAUGAGCAAAUCCCGGCUAUCCGGAUUGCUUCUUUCUGUUCAAACAACAGAUUUACGGCAGACGAUGUUAAGCACAGGGCUAAUUAUAUUGAAGCCGAACUAAACAAGUUGGGAAUCCGAAUGCUUACAUAUUCCGCAGACGGAGACAGUAGAGAAAUGAAAAUGAUGCGCCAAGUUUUGAAUUUAGGUGCGCUUCCCCCGUCUCUCACGACAAAAAAAGGCAGAAGCGCACAACAAAUAGCUGACGAAACGGGUUGGCUACUGAAACGACAAUGGGAUUUUUUCGCCGCCGAUGUAAUAAACAGUGCAGUGCCAGUACAAGACACAGUUCACAUAGGCGCAAAAUUUCGAACGCGGUUACUGAAAAGAGACCGAGCUACAUUUCUCACAAUAGGUAAAGGGAUUGCUUCGGUGUCUGACCUUGAACAACUCUUAACAGAAGUUACCAAAGGGCAGCACCACUUAAAAAAUGGUGAUCUAAAUUUGCACGACAAAAUGAAUUACGAUGCUGUAAGAAGACUGUGUGACCCUUGUGUCACUGAUAUUCUGUGCGACAAAGUAGCAGGUUCAGAAGUAACGUGCUUCUAUCUUAAGCUAAUGAGACUAAUAACAGCAAGUUAUUUGGAUAAAAGCUUAUCACCACUAGACAGAAUAUAUGGAAUAUGGUAUUCUUGUCUCGCUUUACGGUAUUGGCGACAUUGGCUUCAAGAAAACGGAUACAAACUAGAUAUUAAUUUCAUCACCCUCAACGCGUACAUGUGUGUUGAGAUAAAUGCCCACUCCUUAGUCCUCAUAUCAAGGAGACUAAGAGAGAAUGGAACUCCUCAUCUGUUUCGGCCGUGGCAUUUUGGGAGUCAGAGCUGCGAAUCUUUUUUUCGACUUGUCCGGUCGUUGACUUCAACAGAAUCGACCCAAGUAAAUUUAAGUGGAAAAGGUUUUUUCAGUCGUAGCGAGAGAGCGGAUGCCGCAAACCAACUUCUGGGAGAAGGAGAAAACGAUGGAGUUUAUUUCCCGAGGUUUACUCAUGCUUUUGAAGACCAGAGCCAAGACGAUGGCAAAAAUAUUUCUUUCAAUCUUCCUUCUCAUUUACCCUCCGAUGAGGAAAUCGAACGUAUAAUUCGCAAGGCCAUGGUAGAUGUUGACCAUCAGUUUCAAUUAUUAGGUGUGAAAAUGAGAGGAAAAAAGAAAUUUAUGUUCAAUCAAGAACUAGUUCAACGAAUCAAUGUGUCUCGAAAAGAUAAGGAACACCCUGCAGCAUUGAUUGAUAGCAACUUGCUGUUGGAGUUGGAUGACUCCGGUGCAGAAGAAACAGCGGUCGAGGAAAACGUCCAGCCAUGUCCUGACGCGGGUGAUGAAUAUGACAUAGAUGUACUGAAGUCUCUUGGAAUGGCCCAGCUAAGAGAUUUUUCUCAUUUGGUUUCUCGCCAGCUUGAGUCUAGCGCUUUUGCUAGUAUCAUUUGUAAUAAUGGAUCGCAAAUUGUCGUUAAAAAAGCGCGGUCGUGUGGUUUUGUGAAAAUUCAGUUCGGCGAUUAAGCAAUGAUCGCACUUUACGAGUCAUGCAGUUGGCAAAUUUUUCCGAAAGAAGAAAAUUAAAAAUAACUUCUGUUUCAACUCGAAAAGUUGUACAAAUUGGAGACUGGUGUCUUUUUCGGAAUUUGGAAGGGAAUGGUUUUUUUUUGGGGCGAGUUCUCUCUUUUGCAUACUUUAACAGCACUAAAAAAUCUAUUUCCAUGUUUGAAUGGAUAGUUGAUCAAAAAGACCAUGAGGUUGGGGUACUCUGCAUAUGGUAUAAACUAGAUAUAAAUCAAUCUAUAUUUUCGGGAAAAUUAAUCGAAGUACAUGUCCAUCAUGGUUUUCACCCUUGUGUUUCGUAUAUUUGUAGUUGUCCUUCUCCAACAUUUACGUUUGAUGCCCAAGGUUCAAAACAAUUGUUUUUUACCAAUGCAACAGUUAACCAACUAUCAAAUUUUCUCAAGGACAUGACAUUAUCAAGGGACUAAAUAAACUAUUCCGACUCACUACA